AUGUUAAUUUGGGUAUUUCUAGCUGGAACAGUUCUAGUAUCUGGAACAUUUGAAAACAUUCAAGAGCUCCCUGACUAUCAAAAAUUGAGCCAAAAUCCAUAUGGAAGUAAAAUUCUUAGCACGAUUUCUUUACAGCUCUCAUCUGACAAACCACCGGAAGAAGUAAUCCUUCUUCUUGAGGAAAUUUCAAACAAAUUGCUAGAUGAACAGCGAAAAGACGAUCAGCUUAAUGUCACACGAGCUGCUGAAUGCAAAGCUGAAAUCGAGUUUUUAGAUAGACCAAUUGAAGUCAUGCAUAGUGAAAUUGAAAGAGCUAACCCCCCCGCAAUCAAGCAAAAACAUUGAAAAAAUCCCUAUUUUUCGCCCAAAAACCCCACCCUCUGUGAGCGAACAAAAUUUUUUAAGAAAUUAUUUUGAUAUACAAGUAAUAAUUAUUAUCAUGAAAUCUCUAGUUAAUUUUGUUUAAUUUCAAACAUCUUGCAUUUUAUUACAAAUUUUGAAAAAAAUUAUGAUAAAAUGUAUAUAUAAUUUUUUAAAACAUUAACCCCUUGAGUGAGUGAAUAAUAUUUUUGAUCGCUCAUAAAGGCAAUAAAGGCAGGGAGUAAGCAGAUUGAAGCAGAAAGGGAACCACUUUUCAAUUCAACAAUAGAAAAAAGGAAUGCAAAAGACCAAGAAAUCCGGUUUUUUGAAGGUGAAAUAAUGAGCUUGGAUAGAAAUUCCAAAAUUGAUGCAGAGAAGCUGCAAAAGAAAUAUCAAGAGCACGAAGAAGCUUUAAGCGCAAUAGAUAGCUCACUAGAGUAUAUGCAAAAGGUAUACACAGAUCAAGAGUCUCAAUCAGUGAAAUCUAAUCACCCACAUAUGGAAAUAAUUCCACUUGAUGUACUGUUAGAGGUUUCGGAAAACCAAGAUAGUAUUGUAAAACUUAUUGAUAUCAUGACUGACAUCAGAAAAGACUAUCAAGCAUCCUUAAAGUCACUCAUAGAUAGAAAAUUGGAAGGAGAAAAGGACUAUAAAGAGCUAAAAGACUCUAUAAGUUCCGUAAUUUCUGAUUUAAAAGAAAUAAGGGAAAGCUUAGAUAAGCAUUCCUUAGAGUUGUCUGAUGAUUUAGAAGAGUCAAGACGCAUGCAAAGAGAAGCGAGAGAAGAGUGCGGAUCUAUGGAAAGGGCCAGAGAUGAUAAAGUUACUGAAUGCGAAGCUUGGUCAAAUCAAUAUAUCAACGAAAAAGAUAAGAGAAGUGAAGAACUACAGAUUAUCAGAGAAAUACAAAAAUUAUAUAGCGUUUAA